UACAACUGUUUAAAUGUAAUCAUAUACUGUUCAAAGUAAAUAAACAACAAGUACAUUAUAAGUAAUCCAAAUAUGUGAAUUAUUGGAUCCAAAUAUAAAAGAUUUAAUUAUGAAUUCUAUGAUUUCUAAUGAAACGUGGAAUUCAUCUGUUUGGAAUCAAUCACAAAUUUUAGCAUCACUAUCAUCAUUCCCAUCAUCGUCAUCAUCAUCAUCUUUUUUAGUAGUCACACAAGUUGAUGUUACAGAUUUACAAGUUUAUGUAAUACUUAAACAUUAUUUACCAAUUCCAAUAUUUAUUGUUAGUAUAUUAUGCAUUUUAGUCACAUUGAUUGCAGUUACACAACGUGGUUUAUGGCGAACUACAGUUACAUAUAUUAUUGUAUUAGCUAUUGUUGAUUUAUUCACUUUAAUAUCAUUAUGUAUACUUUCUAUGGAUUUUUUUAUUAUACCAGCUUUACCUGAAGGAUUAUUUACAAGAGUUUAUUUUCUAGUUGAAACAAUAUUGGGUGAAUUAGUUGAUACAUUAUUAUUAAUAUCAAAUUGGUUAACUGUACUUAUUGCUACUGAACGUUAUCUUGCUGUAUGUCAUCCAUUAAAAGUACGUUUUAUCGACUGUAAAUAUCGACGUAUCUUUAUUAUACUUGUUAUUUUCUUUAGUGUAUUAAUCAAACUACCCGGAUUUAUUAUAUUAGGAUAUGCAAAAGAGAUUAAUUCAUCAUAUACUAUUAUAAUAUUUAGAAAGAUUUAUAUAUGGAUAGUACAAAUUUUAUUAUUUUUAAUAAUUCCAUUUAGUAUAUUGACAUUUGUCAAUGUACGUCUAAUACAAACUGUACGUAAUUCAUUACAAUUAAUUAAUCAACGAGGUAAAAAAACAAAUAAAGAAUCAAUUUUAUCUUCAAAUUCUACUCAAAGUGAUACUGGAAUAAUGCGUAGAAUUACAUUAUGUUAUCCAUAUUUAUCUUGUUGUAUUUCAUCUACUUCAAAUAAUAUUUAUUCAUUUCAUCAAUGUUCCAAUUCAUUUUAUAAAAUAUUUUGUUGUAAUUGUUAUAAUUUAUCAACGAAACCGGUAAAUAAUUGUCAACUUCAACAUAAUCAACAACAAUCAAAUCAAUCAAAGAGAAUUUCAAAGAAAAAUGAAUUAGUUCAAGUGAAUGAUUCAUCACCAGUAACAAGUCCAACAAGUUUAACAGCAAGUGAACCUACAGGUGCUCAAUUAGGACGUACUCAAAGAGAAGAGAAAAAGAUUACAAUUACAUUAAUUUGUUUAAUUGUAACAUUUUUUAUUUGUCAAGGUCCAUUUGUAUUAACAACUGUCAUUAUGCGUUUUAGUAGUACAGGAUUUUAUUUAUCUGAUACAAAUAAAAUUAUUAAUAACACUUUAUUAUUAUGUAAUACAUUUACAGAUCAAAAUCAUAUUGAAACAAUAACACCAAAUAAACCAUUUGGUUUUGUAGAUUAUAUAAAUCCUAUAUCUGUGAUUGCAUUAGCUUUAAAAAGUGAUUUAUCAUUUUUCUUUUAUUGUUGGUUUUGUGAUCGAUUUUUAUUAGCAUUGAAAAAAAUAACACAUAAUAAAUGUUGGCCAAUAUUGAAAAGAUACAAUUUUCACAACACUCAUCAUCGUCAUCAUCAACAUCAUCAUCAUCAUCAUCAUCGUCAUCGGCAUCUUCAUCAUUAUCAUCAAAAAUGUAGUAGUCAUCCACAUUUACAAAAAUUAACUAAAUCUCAUCAAAAUGAACAAAAAAAUAUUAUUGAAUUAAAUAUGCCAUCAAGUGGUAGCCUACCAGCUGAAUAUCGAUUACCACAUCAUCAUUAUAAAGAUGGUGGUGAAUAUUAUCAAUAUCGUAUACCUAUUGAUAUGGUUACUAAUCAGCAUAAAAUUAUAAAAUAUAAAAAACCUGCACCUUUACCAUUUAAUUUAUCUAAACAUAAUAAAAUGAAAAAGAAAUCUGUAAUUAAUUUACCAAUGAAUGUAAAAAUUUCAUGGUCAUCUCCAAGUUGUUCAGAUAAUUCAUAUAAAUGUUCGUCAUCACCUAAAAAGAAAGGUUCUUCUUCAUUUGGUUGUUCAAAAAAAUAAAUUAAAUUUUGUAAAUAAUAUAAAAAUAAACAAAUCGAUAAAGUGAUAAUUGUUGUGAUUGAUUGAGUUUUUCAUGUUUAUUUUUAAUUUAUAUAUCUAUGUACAUGAUUAUUUAUGAUCAUAAGAUGCUUAUAAAAUGUCUUUUAUUUAUGACUUCUAACGCCGUAAAUUAUUGUUAACGAUAUUUAUUGUGGAUGAAUCGAUUACUGAACAUGAUUUCAUACUGUUGAUCUUGUGAAGAGGUUAUGUUUCAUAAGUUACUUGACACAUUUGUUCCGAUCGUAUUGUGUUUUCUAAUAUGAAUGGUUAAUAUAUGAAGGUUUUUAAUAUCGUUUCUAGACAACAUCACAACUUUAUAUUAUACUUGAAAUUGAUUUGUUUAUUUAACCUAAAGUGUUCAAUCAGUUUGUUUUGAUAACCUUAUCAGUGAAUUGCUGUUUGCCAAGGUUUCGUCAACAUUAUUCAUCUCUGUAUUAUUGUUGAGCAGUUUGUUUUAUUAGUUGACCUUGUUCGUAUAAUACCGUAACUAGGGUCUCUAUUGAUAUUCUGUAGGCUAAAGAUGAAUCGGAAAUGUCAAACUUCAAGAAAAUCUAUGGCAUUCUUUGAAUCUCUUCUAUCCAGAAUUUUGAUUUGGUUUUAAUACUUGAAAAGAAAAAGAGGCAAAUUUUUGAAAAGUAUAGAUAAAUUCAAUUGUCUGUUAACGAUAAAUUAUAAAAGAAUUCACCUGAAUAAUUAUAGUAACUAAUCGAUUGUGAAAGUGUUUCUUAGUUUGUUUAUUUUAAUUCAAUAAAUAAACAACAU